GUUUUACAAAAAAAUCCUUCGAGCGCAAUAGGCACGGCCCACAGAGGAGAACAACAACCGCAGCGCUAGGUCGAAAGGUUGAGAGAAGAGAUGUUCAGAAACGUAUUCAAGACCCUUUUGGGCGGGUCGUCGACGACGACUUCCAUGCUCCGCAGCGGGAUCCCACAACGCUCAUCGUAUUCGAACUUCCAGUCAGUGUUCUCCCAACUGUCAAGCUCGACGCAGAAGGUGUCCCAGAGGUUUGCCACGAUCAACCAGAUCAAGCGUGGUAUGACCAAGCCUUUGAACAAGCGUCCGGUCAAGUCUCCGGAUCUGGACACCUGUCCUGUCCGUAGAGGCGUUGUUCUCCGUGUGAUGGUGCUUAAGCCAAAGAAGCCAAACUCAGCGUUGAGAAAGGCUGCAAGAGUUCGUCUCACAAACGGUAAGGUCAUCAGUGCGUAUAUCCCAGGUGAAGGCCACAAUGCCCAGGAGCACAGUGUUGUGCUGGUCAGGGGUGGAAGAUGUCAGGAUGUUCCUGGUGUUAAGUACAGAUGUGUUCGUGGUGCUAUGGAUCUAAGUGGAGUUGCCAACAGAACAACCUCCAGAAGUAAAUACGGUGCUAAGAAACCACAAAAGGAGUGAUAUAUAUAACUUCAGCAAUACAUGUACAUAACUAUUCU